CUACUAGGAGCAAGAAGCUACUAGGAACAAGUGCCACGCUAGUAGUAACAGGUGCCUUACUAGUAGGAACAAGGACGCUACUAGGAGCAAAGUGCAUCGCUACGAACGGACUCCGAGGAGGUUUCAGGUCCACACGGCCCACGGCCGUCCGAUGAGCGCAGUCAUGGAGUCGGAUCUGAAGGAUAAGAAGGAUAUGAAAGAGGAUUUAAAGGAGAAGAAGACUGCGGCGAGCACGAAGCAGAUGAUGGCUACAGUCGAAGAAGCCUUCAAGAAAUGGGACAUCACGGGAGAUGGAGCCAUUAGCAAAUAUGAGCUCCACGCUGCCUUAACGCAGCUUGGAAUGACCGAAGCGCAGGUGGACGCAUGCUUCAGAUCAGCCGAUCUCAGCCGGGAUGGCAUUUUGCAAUACGAGGAGUUCUUGGAAUGGGUCUUUCGAGAUCCUGGUGUUGUCCAGCAAUAUUGCUUGAAAUCAGCGAAAGAAGGACUUCAUGUGGUGACGGUCGACUCCUGCCAGGAGUUCUGGAAACGCUUUCCCGAGUGUGAGAACCACAUCGAGAAGGUGUUCUUUGCUGCCAUGGUGAUUCUGGGUGAAGACCGAGAUCUCAGCUGGACGGGCGUCAAGCAGAAGAUCCUGAAAAAACCACACGAGUUCUUGCAGAAGCUUCGCCAGUUUGAUCCUGGAACCUUGACGGAGGCAAAGAUGCGGAAACUGAAGUACUUCACCAGCAAGGACUUCUUCACGCAAGAGUACUUCAAGUCCCACCACCCAAUUGUCCAAGCUCUCUGCAAUUGGGCCUUGGCAAUUGCAGCGCUGGACUUGAAGAGCGCAGACAAGCGCUGAAGGGACUGCGUCCUUGCUCCUAGUAGCGAGGAGUGACGAGCCACGUGAGAACAAUGGCAGCAGAUAGGCACAUACCGAAUCCUUGAAGCUUUGAAAGCUUCUCGGAACAAGCCUCAGGGGCAGGGUCUGGAAUCAGUCGAAAGCUGUUAUUUGCAGCCUUCAAAACAUUGAUAUGUUCGGG